CGGAAUUAUUAAUCGAAUUGACAACCAGAACCAGUGCGUAAUAAUUGCUGUGCGCUGGCAUAUCCGUAUAUGUCGACGCCUCGCUAUAUAUAAACAGACCACCACCCCUUCCGGCAGUCGAUACCAACGAAGCAAAGCGUGGAUUCUAAGCAGAGAUCAGAGCGAAGCAGAGCGUGAAGAAGCGAAUAUUCCAAAUGGGUCUUCAGGUAAGGCUCCUAAAAUCCUUUUGCGCCUUCAAAAAAUUGUGCGAUGCUGGGUCCGAUCUCGACUCUCUGCCCCCUUCUACUGAUGCUGUUUGCCGCCAUUGUUGGCUUGUUUUUGCUCGAUUUCGCCUUAGUUCUGUUCGAUCUCUUGUUACCGUGUUGCGUACCCAAUUCAUGUUAAAGAUCCCUGCUUUAACACAAUUCGGGAUCUGGGUCCGCUCUGUCAACUGAUUGUGUUGCUUGGAUCUUCUAAUUAUUCAAUCCCCAUGCAAGUUCCUCCCCUUUUCACUAAUUGAUUGAGUCGUUGCUGUUUUGAGUUGGGAAGUUGACAAAACUAGAGAAUCGAUGGGCUUUGCAAAUUAGAGUCGACUGUAAAUCUACUGAGAAGCUCUGUGAUGUGGUGAUUGAUUUGAUGGUAUGUUUGUAUGGAUGGCAGGAGGAAUUUGAUGAGCAUGCUCAGAAGGCAAUGACAUUGCCGGAGAACACUUCCAAUGAGAACAAGCUUAUUCUGUAUGGACUGUUCAAGCAAGCCACUUGUGGCCCAGUCAAUACCUCCCGUCCGGGGAUCUUCAACAUGAGGGAUAGAGCCAAAUGGGACGCAUGGAAGGCUGUUGAAGCCAAAUCUAAGGAGGAGGCAAUGAAUGACUACAUCACCAAGGUUAAGCAAUUGCUGGAAGAAGCAGCUCCCGCCAGUUGAUUGCCUCCCAGCUGACCAAGUCUAUCUAUGAUUUAGUUGUCUUACCUCUGGGCACUGGGAAAAAAGUCUGCUCAAUAAUUGGUUUAUCCAUCUGAACUGUCUCUGUGUGUAACAUUUGGGAAUAUUUACUAGUCUUUGGAAUUUCAACCCUGCCCAAUUCAUGUUUGCACUGCUACGCACAUAUUUGAGCUGAAUGUUUCUCUUCUUUUGUUUAUUUCCUGUUCAAAUCAAGUGAAAUAUCACUAGAAAUACAACAUAUUGCAAUGGUUAAUCUGAA